AUGUUAAAAAUAUAUUUAAUUUGUUUGUCUUACUUGUUCAUGUUAAACUUGGGGAGUGCACAAUGUGACCCUCAGUACUGGUUCAACAUGGAUGUGAAUGGUUGGCUUAAAGUGCACACGAUACCCGCCACAUGGGAGGAAGCAUUCCUUCGAUGCCACUAUGAAGGUGCUGUGCUUGCGUCCCCGUUGACUAAACAACUGAGUAAAGCUCUUGAAAACAAGUUUUCAGUUAUCAGUCAGCAAUCAAUCCACUUAGGGACACACGAUUUGUACUCUAAUGGCGACUACUUUUCAGUAGAAGGAAUUCCAUUGGACAGCUUGGUGCUGAAAUGGAGUAAUUUGAGAGGUACGGGCGACUGCCUGGCGAUGUCACGCGACGGGCGAGCGUUUAUCACGAAAUGCGUGGAACCUCGACCCUACAUCUGCUACAAGAAGCUGGACAAUCUGACGAUGAACAUCUGUGGAACAUUUGAUGAUGCAUAUCAAUUUAAUGAGAACACUGGCAGCUGCUAUAAGAGACACGAUGAGUAUCGGACUUGGACCGACGCGUUCAAGAUAUGUGCUGCCGAGGGAGGUUACCUGCUUAUCCUGAAUGAUGCCACAGAGGCUGCCAUCGUCAGGGAAAUGUUCCCUGUACGGACAGGAAAUGUCAACGAAUGGGAGAACUUCCACGUGGGGCUGCGGGCUUGGGGACCUGAACGUACUUGGAUCACUAUCCAUGGAGAAAGAGUUGAAGAUGUGUUCCAUGAUUGGAACCCAGGACAGCCGGAUAACCAACGAGGAGAACAGAACGUUGGCGCUUUCCUUAGACUUGGCACUUUGAACGAUCACUCCGUAGAUUCCAAAUCUAUGUUCGUUUGUGAGAAGGAUCCGAAAGUAAAACGCUUCGAAGAACUACCCGAAGGUUUGGCAGAUAUUUUAGGACAGUAA